AGCUGAUACUGUUAUAAGGAGGAGGCACAAAAGUGAUCAUACAAAAAAAAGAUAAGAACCCUCUUUGUUAUCCGCCAGAUGACAAUGAGAAGGUUUUUCUUCAUUAUUUUUCUUGGCAGUGCGUUUAAACUGCUUGAUGCAUCCAGCUUGAGGCUUGUUAGCAGCUCCAAGUCUAGUUCCUUUAUUAAAGGCAUCUUAAAUGUCAACCACAAUGGAGAAUGGGGGACGGUAUGUGAUGAUUCCUGGGACAUCAGAGAUACAAAUGUUGCAUGUAGACAACUGGGUCAUGGAAUAGGACUGGCACACAUGCACCUGGGAGAAGGAAGUGGAAAAAUUUGGCUGGACGACUUGGCGUGUACAGGGUCUGAGAGCUCGUUGGGCAGUUGUACUCACUCAGGUUGGGGUGACCAUAACUGUGGACACGAUGAAGAUAUUGGAAUCGUUUGUCAAAUCGUGCCUGAUGUUGGUGUACGUCUUGUUGGUGGUAGCGUUUCACAUGAAGGUCGAAUUGAGGUUCGGUUUAAUUCCAUAUGGGGUACUGUCUGUGAUGAUUCGUGGACCCUCAAUAAUGCAAAUGUUAUAUGCAAAAUGCUAGGCUACCAAAAUGCCAUAAGAUCGCGGGCAUUUGGAUCAGGUUCUGGACAAAUUUGGCUUGAUGAUGUAUUCUGUAAAGGAGAUGAAGACUCGAUCAGUAAAUGCCGACAUAGAGGGUGGGGUGUUGACAACUGCGGUCACAGUGAAGAUAUUGGCGUUGUAUGUCAGCCCAAAGGCUCACCUGAUGUCAGUGUACGUUUGUCUGGGAAUAUCCCAAAUGGUGGUCUUGUAGAGGUACGUUAUUAUGGUGUAUGGAGAUCCAUCUGUGACACCAACUGGCGCCUACGAGAUGCUACAGUCAUAUGCAAAAUGAAAGGUUUCAGUCAAGGUGCUGUAGCGUUCGUCAAGGGAUUGCAAAGUUCUGGUGAUACUUGGUUGUUUGAUUUGGGUUGCCGUGGACACGAAUCUUCUAUUGAGAGAUGCAGCACGAUAAACUGGAGACAGGGUAGCUGCGCAAACAAUAAACGAGCUGGUGUUAUCUGUAAUAAAGACUCACCAAAUGUUGCAUUUCGGAUAACGUCGGGAAUACACAGCUAUGUCGGAAGACUAGAAGUUCGCUAUUACGGCACCUGGGGAGCUGUAUGUUCUAACACCAUUGAAAUAGAAGAAGCACAUGUUGUGUGUAGAAUCCUCGGUUAUAGAGAAGCAAUUACUAUCUAUAAACACGAACAUACUGACAGCAUGUCUAUGUUUUCAAUGACGAUGAAAUGUUCUGGCCGUGAAAAUUCAGCCGAGGAAUGUCAAAAUGCUUUUCGUUCCCAGCAAGUUAAGACAUGUGCUAAAGAUGUCUGGAUACUGUGCCGACCAACAUCUGGCUUGACAUGGAAGUCCAACCUUCGUCUAGUAGGGGGAUCAUCACCAAAAGAGGGACGAGUGGAGAUACAACAGUACGGAGUCUGGGGCACAGUUUGUAAUUCUGGCUGGGACAUACGUGAUGCUAACAUUUUGUGUCGUAUGCUGAACUUCACGGGCGCUAUUACUGCAAAACAAAGGUUUGGUAGCGGCACAGGUCCAAUAUGGCUGACAGUAGUGCGUUGUAAUGGAAAUGAGAAGGACAUAAUGGACUGCUCUAGCAGUGGAUUGGGGAGGUCGGGCUCAUGUACCCAUAGUGACGAUGCUGGAGUGGUUUGUCAUUCAUAUCCGGUUCAGAAUCCUAACGUCGCUGUUCGUCUCAUGGAUGGACCCAAUUCAAAUGAAGGCAGAGUAGAAGUACAAUAUUAUGGAGUCUGGGGCACAGUCUGUAAUGAUUUGUGGGGACUUGCAGAUGCUCACGUGGUCUGUCGUAUGUUGAAGUACAGCAAAGCAUCGUUGGCGGGAACUGCUACCACGCAAGGGGGUGGUGUUAUUUUAUUGGAUGAUGUGAAGUGUCGAGGAAAUGAGAAAUCUCUGGCACAAUGUCAUAAUUAUGGAUGGGGUCGCCAUGAUUGCAGCCAUAGCGAAGAUGCUUCGGUUAAAUGCGACCACUUGUCAGAAGAGGAAGCUUCAGUUACUGUUCGCCUGACAAAAGUGGAACAAAACCUUGUUGGUCUGGUAGAAGUUCAUUUUAAUGAAAGCUGGAUACCAGUCUGUGAUGAUACCUGGGAUAUAUUGGACGCUCGCGUGGUCUGUAGAAUGCUUGGUUACAAAGCAGCUCUAGCACCAAUACGACAGUAUCGUCAAGGAGUAAAUGGAUUAUGGAUGGGUGGUGUGGAAUGCAGUGGCGAUGAAGUAUCAAUUAGCCACUGUUAUCAUCGCGGGUGGACGAACACUMGAUGUCCUGGAAACUAUUUUGCUGGUGUGAUGUGUAAAGUGUCGGAAGAAGAAAUCCCAUCUAUACAAGUUCGUUUGGAAAACGGAAGUUCACCCAACUCAGGUCGUGUUGCUGUUCGCUAUGGUAACGUAUGGGGUACCAUAUGUAACAGGGGACUGGACAUCAACGAUGCUAAGGUGAUUUGUCGUAUGCUCGGCUACCCCGGGGCAAGUAAAGUGUAUUUAAAGUCCACCUUCAGCCCUGGAAAUGGUACUAUCUGGUUGAGCAACCUGGAAUGCAGUGGAAAAGAGAAGUCUUUUACUGACUGUCGUCAUCCAGGAUGGGGGAAUACGACGGCAUGCAGCCAUAGAGACGAUGCGGCUAUAUUGUGCAAAAUAGCUAGCGCUCCUGGAUUCCAGAUCAAUGGAACUAGCGCCAUCGCCGAAUCAACGGUGGUGAUCUUAUUCAAUAACUCACAACAGAUUAACGCACAGAUUAAGAGUGUUUAUCAGAUAGCAGUAGAAAAAAGAGACAACGAAAAACGCUUAAAAUCCAACGAAAAGACACCACCUUUUGUUUUCAAAGACGUCAAUGCCACUAUAGCCAGGGAAAUGAGUAAUAGAUAUAGCUACAUUGCUGCGGAGAUCCCGGGUCCCAUUUCGAACUUGACGAUUGGUAACGGUCAGUAUUACCAUGGUUACUACAACGCACCGUUAGAACCCGGAUCGAUGUAUAGAGUACACGUAAGGGUCGUUACCAUGGCAAUGGAUGGGAAAGCCGUACAUGGUCACCAUGACUUCGUUGCGUUUACAACAAAGCGGGUAUCUACGAAAGGGCGAGCAGAGAAGGCAUCAUCAUCUGAUAGGGGUACAGCAAUAGGAUUGUCCUUGUUGAUUGUCAUUUUGAUUGGUGUCAUUGUUGCUGGUAUUGUUUGGUAUUUCCUAAAGAUCAGGAAUCAACCCCAGGGGGACAAAAACCAGCAAUUGCAUUUAGAAGGGUUAGAGACAAACAGGCCUACGCAUGCAGAUGCUGAAAGUCCUGAGGAACAUUACCAAGUUCCUCCUGUCCUUCCAGACGAUGACCCUGAAACCCAGCAGUACGUUAACACAAGAGCCUAUCAUCAUACUGCAAACCCUCGAGCUAAGGCUCUAAUGUCAAGAUUACAGAAACACCGUGGAAUGCCUGAAGAAGGAGGUGCAAUACAUGUAGAUGGUUUUCAUGGAAGGAAAUUAGAGUUUGAACAUUUUGAACACAAGUUUGAGGAGUGUAUAUCCAAGUCAGCAAUUCAAACAAAGUUUGAGUCUCAUGCAGUGAGUGGUCUUUGUGUUGUUAAUACAGUGAAGACUGUCCUGGAGACGAUUACUGGAUGGGCUCAUGAGCAGAGAAGCUCAUUGCAAGAGUCUUUGAUCAUGGAAAACAUGGCCACUGGUCUCUUGGUGUUUUUCUUGUGUCGCUUGUUAUCACAGCCUGUUUAUACGUCGAGCAAUCAUAUUCGUCUGGCAGAUGGCAGGACUCCAAACGAAGGACGCGUCGAAAUCCUCGUACAGGGGGUCUGGGGCACAGUCUGCAAUUCUGGUUGGGACAUGCUUGAUGCGGAUGUAGUGUGUCGUAUGCUGAAAUACAAAGGGGCAGUUAGAGCAGUUAAAAAUUUUAAUCAAGGAUCUGGUCCUAUAUGGUUGACAAAAAUAGAAUGCGUGGGUCUUGAGUUGGACAUUUUGAACUGUUCUCACGAUGGACUGGGGCAGACGAGCUCGUGUAGUCAUGAACACGACGCUGGAGUGAUUUGCCAUUCCUAUCCAGGUAAAGUACAAGUACGUCUGGUUGGAGGUGUGGCACCUUAUUCUGGUCGAGUAGAAGUCAAGUUCAAUAACACUUGGGGUACAGUCUGUGGAGGAUGGAGCUGGGACAUCAACGAUGCUUAUGUCGUCUGUCGUAUGUUAGGCUACCGAAAAGCAAUAGCUGGCAUUAAAAAGUUCGGAGGAGGACAAGGAAAAGUGUGGUUAGAAUACAUGCAUUGCAGAGGCUGGGAGAGUUCUCUGGAACAGUGUAAACAUAACGGAUGGGGCAGACCGUGGUGUAGUCAUGACUACGAUGCUGGGGUUAUAUGCGAUAGACCUGGAGUUCAAGGACCAGACGUAGCUGUUCGUCUGGUGGGUGGACCUACACCUAAUCAAGGCCGAGUGGAGGUGCGUUACUAUGGAGUCUGGGGCACAGUUUGUAAAUAUGGAUGGGGACUAUCAGAUGCUCACGUGGUGUGCCGUAUGUUGAACUACAGCAAAGCAUCAUGGGCAGGAACUGCUUUGGUUAAAGGGAGUGGACCUGCAUUAAUGGCGUACCUGAGGUGCCGUGGAAGUGAAACAAACAUCGAAAAAUGUCGUCACUAUGGGUGGGGUAUGGCGAGCUGCAAGCAUUGGAAUGAUGCAGGAGCUAUUUGUCAGUCACGCAGAGAAGAUGUAACUGUUCGUUUAGUUGGAGGGCAAAGGCACUAUGGACGAGUAGAGGUCCGAUACAACGAGUCAUGGAGACAAGUUUGUGAUGAUACCUGGGAUGUAUCAGACGCUCACGUGGUCUGUAGAAUGCUUGGUUACAAUGGAGCACUAGCGGCGAUCAAGAGGUUUGGUGCAGGGAAGAUUGGACUGUGGAUGGGUGGUGUGGAAUGCAGUAGCGAAGAAUUAUCAAUUAGUGAAUGUUAUCAUCGUGGAUGGACGAACACGGGAUGUGUAGGACGUCGAUUGCAUGCUGGGGUUAUGUGUCAAACAACACAAGAACCUCCGCAAGUAGAAGUCCGCUUAGAGGAAGGAAGUUCACCCAACUCAGGUCGUGUUGCUGUUCGUUAUGGUAACGUAUGGGGUACCAUAUGUAACAGGGGAUUAGACAUCAACGAUGCUAAAGUGAUUUGUCGUAUGCUUGGCUACGCACGAGGAGUGAGUCAGUACACCUCUAAACCUGGGAAGGGUACUAUCUGGUUGAUGAACCUGGAGUGUAACGGUACAGAAAGGUCCAUCACUGAUUGCCACCAUCCCGGAUGGGGACAAACAACAUGUAGUCAUGACAACGAUGCUGCGGUGGUAUGCCAGCGAAGAUAUUCCACUGAAGAACGUCCUCUAAAUGAACCUCGUAUUAUUGGAGCUCACAAACAUUACGGUAAAGUAGAGAUAAAAAACAACGGGACCUGGAUACCAGUCUGUGAUGAUACCUGGGAUAUAUCAGACGCUCAAGUGGUCUGUAGAAUGCUCGGAUACAAAGGAGCUCUUGCAGCAAUUAAAAGAUUCAAUGUUGGACAAGAAGGACUUUGGAUGACUGGCGUACAAUGUAAUGGUGAUGAAAAAUCGAUUAGUGAAUGCUCACAUCGUGGAUGGACAAACACCGCGUGCCCAGGGAACGCUCACGCUGGAGUUAUGUGUGGAACAUCUAAAGAUUUUCCAACAUUACAAGUUCGUUUGGAAGACGGAAAGUCACCUAAUACUGGUCGUGUUGCUGUUCGAUAUGGUAACGUAUGGGGUACCAUAUGCAAAAAGGGACUGGACAUCAACGAUGCUAAAGUGAUUUGUCGUAUGCUCGGAUACCCUGGGGCAAGAAAGGUUUAUCCAAAGUCCACCAUAAGACCUGGAAACGGUACUAUCUGGCUGAGUAACUUGGGGUGUAAUGGAACCGAGGACUCGAUUUUUGACUGUCGCCAUCCAGGGUGGGGACAAACAACGUGUAACCAUGACAAUGACGCUACUGUUGCGUGCAAAUUAGGGAGGAGGAAAGAAGUCUUGGAUCCACCACAUUUCUUCAUCAAUGGAACCCACGCCAUCACCAUUUCAACGGUUACAAUAGUGUUAAACGACUCACAGAGAGGAGACUUCCAGCUAAACAGUGUAUAUCAAAUUGCUUUGGAAAAAAUAGAAAAUGAAAAAUGGCUGCAGUCUUCACGAGACAAAGAAAUGAAGCAUUUCGGAUUUAAUGAAAUCAACUUUACUAUGGCAACACAAAUGGAUAGUCAUAGUUACAUAACCGCAGAGAUCUUAGCUACUAUCUCCAGCUUAACGAUUGGAGAUGGUCAGUAUUACCAUGGUUACUAUAACGCACCGUUAGAAGCCGGAUCAAUGUAUAGAGUACACGUAAGGAUCGUUACUGUGGCAAUGGAUGGGAGAAAGUUUUAUGGGGAGAGKGCUUUUAUUACCUUUAUUACGAGAUCAAUAUAUAAAGUACCAUCUAUAGAAGGGAAGGCAAGAGUUCCUGGAUGUAGUAAUGAGGCUAUUGUUAUUGCCUUGUCCAUGGUCAUAUUAACUCUAGUUGCUGUUAUUUUAAUUGUCGUUUGGUAUUUCUUAAAACGUAUAAAAGCAGAGAGAAUUACGACAUCGAAAGGUCUUACAGAAAGCCGAGAUGGAGAUGUCUGGCUGACGCCCACCAGCACCAAAAUCAAUUCCACCUUUCCUUCUGGUAUCCUGUAUAUAUUCCACAAUGGUGGAUGGGGUACAAUAUGUGACGAUGAUGCAUGGAGUAUGGAAAACACUCAAGUCGUUUGCAAAGCACUUGGCUAUGCAAGAGCUGUGGAACACAAGAAUAUGGGAGGUGGAACAGGAAAAAUCUGGUUGAGUGGUGUACGAUGUUUAGGAACUGAGGCAAGUGUAGCAAGCUGUGCGCAUUCGGGCUGGGAGAACGCAUCGAACUGUAGCCAUAAACAAGACGUUGGGAUCGUAUGUCAAGCAGCGCCUAUUGCUACUGUUCGACUCAGUGGUGGUAACCGAUUGGAAGGUAGAGUCGAGGUUCGAUACAACAAAGAAUGGGGUACCAUAUGCAAAGACGGAUGGAAUAUAAACAACGCUAACGUAAUAUGCAAGAUGUUGGGUCACAAGAAAGCUAUCAAAACCAAGAGUUUUGGACCAGGUUCUGGAAGAAUCUGGCUUGAUGACGUAGCGUGUAAAGGAACCGAGAUGUCUAUUGACAAAUGUCACCACAGAGGAUGGGGAAUUCACAACUGCGCACACAGGGAAGAUUCUGGCGUCAUGUGUCUGCCAAGAGGUCCUUCAAAUGUCAGUGUACGCCUGGUUGGUAGUGACCUCCCUAACGCCGGCCGAGUGGAGAUACGUUUCCAUGGUGUUUGGAAGUCUGUAUGUGAUACAAAGUGGGAUCUUCGAGAAGCAAAUGUGAUCUGUUUGAUGUUGGGUUACAUUCAAGGUGCUGCAGUAGCCAUUAAGGGUUAUAAAAGCGCUGGUGAUGUUUGGCUGUCCAGUGUUAGCUGUAAUGGAGGCGAAAAGUCAAUUGAAAGGUGUAAAAACCUGAAAUGGGGCAAGGCAAGUUGUAGGAAUGAUAGACGAGCAGGGGUAGUGUGUAAAUCAGGCACUCCAGAAAUAGCGUACCGACUGGUAGAUGGAGACAUCGCUCAUAAAGGGCGCCUUGAGGCCUAUUACUAUGGAAUAUGGGGAGCUGUCUGUGCAGAUACCAUUGAUAUCCAAGAUGCUCACGUGGUCUGCAGAAUGAUGGGGUACAGUCAGGCUGUUACCAUCUACAAACAAAGUGGAGAUUCGUUUAAAUUUUUGAGCAAAAUUCAUUGCAAUGGGAAUGAGAACUCAACAGAGCAGUGUAACGGCGCCAAGUCAAGGAUAAACACCUGUCGCAGUAAGAAGGAUACUUGGAUUAUUUGCAAGCCAAAACUAGCUGAUUUUUUCGCAGAGUCUAAAAAGGUCCAGGCGCGUCUGGUAGGGGGAGCCACGCCAAAUAAAGGACGCCUUGAGAUCCAGCAGUACGGAGUGUGGGGCACAGUGUGUAAUUCUGGUUGGAACAUUAUGGAUGCCAAUGUUGCGUGUCGAAUGAUGAACUUCACUGGGGCCAUUUCUGUGAGACACCAGUUUGUCCACGGAACUGGACCAAUAUGGCUGACAAACAUCAACUGUAAAGGGGAUGAGAAGAACCUACUCGAGUGUUCACAUGAUGGACUGGGGAAUACCAGUUUUUGUAGUCAUGGUAACGAUGUUGGAGUGGUUUGUCAUUCGUAUCCAGCUCAAAAACCAAUUAUGGCUGUUCGUCUGGUGGAUGGAAACACUCCAAAUCAAGGCCGAGUAGAGAUUCGAUAUUUUGGAGUCUGGGGCACAAUUUGUGACGAUUUAUGGGGACUUGAAGAUGCUCACGUGGUCUGCCGUAUGCUAAACUACAGCAAAGCAUUGUGGGCAGGAACAGCUGACGUCAGCGGAAGUGGUUAUAUAUUAUUAGAUAAUGUUCAGUGUAGCGGCAACGAGAGGUCAUUGGAACACUGUGCGAAUAAUAGUUUGGGUCAGCAUGAUUGCGGUCACAAGGAAGACGCUGGAGUGAUAUGUGAUAAUCUAACACAAGAUGAGUUAGCUGUUACAGCUCGUCUUGUUAAAACUCAACGAAAACAUGUUGGCCAAGUAGAGGUGAAAUACAAAGGGACCUGGAGACCAGUCUGUGAUGAUACCUGGGAUAUACUAGAUGCACACGUGGUUUGUAGAAUGCUUGGUUACAAAGGAGCCGAAGCGCCCAUAAGACAGUACGCAAAAUUAAUGUCAAACUUAUGGAUGAGCGGUGUAGUGUGUAGAGGUGAUGAAGAAUCGGUCAGCCACUGUUUUCAUCGUGGAUGGACGAACACUCGAUGUCCUGGGAACUACUAUGCUGGUGUCAUAUGUAAAGUAGAUGAAGGAAAAGAAAUCCCAUCAGUACAAGUUCGUUUGGAAGACGGAAAGUCACCCAAUUCUGGUCGUGUUGCUGUUCGCUAUGGUAACGUAUGGGGUACCAUAUGUAGACUAGGACUAGAUAUAAACGAUGCUAAAGUGAUUUGUCGUAUGCUCGGAUACCCUGGGGCAAGUAAGGUGUAUCCAAAGUCCACCAUAAGACCUGGAAAUGGUACUAUCUGGCUGAGUAACUUGGAGUGUAAUGGAACCGAGGACUCGAUUGUUGACUGUCGUCAUCCAGGAUGGGGAGAAACGAUUACGUGCAACCAUGAGAACGAUGUUGCUGUCAUGUGUCAAAUAGCUGAUGCUCCUGGAUUCCAAAUCAAUGGAACCACCGUCAACACAGAAUCAACAGUUUUAAUCUUGUUCAACGAUUCACAACAGAUUGGAGCACGCUUGAAAAGUGUGUAUCAAGUGGCAGUGGAAAAGAGAGGCAACGAACAACGCUCGAAAUCCUAUGAACAACCACCACCCUUUGUCUACAAUGAAGUCAACGUUACUAUGGCAACACAUAUGGGUAACGAUAGUUACAUUUCAGCAGAGAUUCUAAGAUCUAUCACGAACCUCACGAUUGGUGACGGUCAGUAUUACCAUGGUUACUACAAUGCACCGUUAGAACCCGGAUCGAUGUAUAGAGUACAUGUAAGGAUCGUUACCAUGGCAAUGGAUGGGAAAAGAAUCUACGGCAAGUCUGCUUUUGUGGCUUUUACAACAAAACCGGGAGACGAAUUCAAGAUAAAGUAUUACAAAGAUACAGGAAAUCGUGUUGAAUGUACUAAUAACGCAGUAGUGAUAGCCUUGUCCCUGGUGAUCGUCUUYAUGGUUAUAGUCAUCAUUGUUGGUGUUGUGUGGUAUUGCCUUAAGAAUCGAAACUCCUACGCUAUAAGGAACAAAUCCGAAGGCGUAGAGAUGAAAGAAAGUGGCAAUGAUUCUCACAAUGACACUCCAUAAAAAUACCACUGAUAUGUAUUCAAAGAUACCGGCUUAGUUACUUGGACACUAUUUUGAGUUUGACAGACCAAGGUGAUGCAUUUUUGAAAACCUAUCAAAUGAAGUGCGAUAAAGUGUCAUUUUAAACCCAAUAGCUUUUUCUGUAUUCCAAAACAGACAAUCAUAAAUAGAUUACUUUUGCUUAGAUUUUUCUUCAAGGAAAUGCAAAGGAAAGUAGAUCAGGGAACGAUUUUACUCGAGUCUAUAACACCAACUCAGUCGCAUCCUUACGCAGCCUAACAAACCUUUAUCCAACUUUUAACUGACAAAUUUGGCAAAGAAAACCCUCAAAGGCUGGAAAUACACGCAGCGUUUUAGAGUCAGCAACACAUGUCAACAAGACUAUCUUACUAAAAAAAAUUAACCUUACCAGGUUCUACGGAAGAAGCCAAGAGCAACCAGACAAAUAAGACGCGAUUUGCUUUAAAUUCCAUGUUUUGAGAAAUGAUCAGUGGGCUCAACAUCGACCUUGAAUAUGAAUAUGAAUACAGUAAAUAAGUUUGCCUGAAAGCGCCAUAUACUACCAACCCGGGAAUCCCCUACACAUUUUCUUUUGUUCAGUAAUUAACUAGCACCAAUUAGGCAAUGAAUAAAGGGGAAACACUUAUUUAAAAAGAAAAUUCUAGAAGCACGAUCUUCGUAGUGGGAGUAAAAAAAACAUUGUUUGCACUUUGGGCAAGCCCAUGCAUGCGACUAAAGCGAAGGCGAGUAUGUGUAGAAGUCAAUGAUGCGGGUUAAUCGUUCGAUCUGAAGUUUAUUGCACUGCCUAAUAAAAUGCACACCAUAUAUUCGU